GGUGGUGAGAGUGGGGGAGACAGUAAUCGUACUGUCUGUGGAAAAUUGUUAAUCUGUGCCGGCCAAUACAGGCAGUAGGUGAAGUCAGGCUUGGUUGUAACGGAUCCACGUACAACAAACAUUUCGUAAGAGUGCAGAGCUGUGCAUUUUAGGACUUCUGAAACUAGGUUUCCUUGGGGUCUGAAUAUGGGGGAGCCUGCCAACAACACGCAAAAUAUAGCAGACUACUUAGCGCAGCUACUGAAGGAUCGAAAGCAGAUCACUGCAUUCCCGAACGUCUUCCUGCAUGUUGAAAGACUACUCGAUGAAGAGAUCGUCAAGAUCCGCGGCAGCCUAUUCCACAUCAGUGGCAACACGAAGCAGCCGCUGGAGCUGCCCGAGCCGCAGGGCACGGUGGUCACGCUCACCGAGAAGGUGUACGUGCCGAUCCGGGAGCACCCAGACUUCAACUUCGUGGGUCGGAUCCUGGGGCCGCGCGGCAUGACAGCCAAGCAGCUGGAGCAGGAGACGGGCUGCAAGAUCAUGGUGCGCGGCAGGGGCUCCAUGCGAGACAAGAAGAAGGAGGAGCUGAACCGCGGCAAGCAGAACUGGGAGCACCUAAGCGACGACCUGCACGUGCUCAUCACGGUCGAGGACUCGGAGAACCGGGCCGCCGCCAAGAUCCAGCGCGCUGUCGACGAGAUCAAGAAGCUGCUGGUGCCCUCUGCGGACGGCGAGGACGAACUGAAGAAGCGGCAACUGAUGGAACUGGCCAUCAUCAACGGCACCUACCGGGACUCGAGCAAGCCGAGCCACGAGGCGAUGAGCGUGGCUGGGGGUAUGGCAGGCUCGUCAGGUGACGCCGGCCCGCGGCUGCAGCUGACCCAGAUGGCCGGUCUGGGCGGCCUGAUGACCACGCACAUCCGCACGCCGGCCACGCUGGGCGCGCCGCUGAUGCUGUCGCCGCGCAUGGCGGCCGGCACAGCGCUCAUCAACUCGGGCCCGCCGCCGCUCAUCAGCCCCGGCGAUGCCGGCCUGCUCUACGCCCAGUACGCGCCCGACUACGCCGCCCAGUACGCGGCGCAGCUGGCCCAGGCGCAGGCGCAGGCGCAGGCUCAGCCGCUGCAGCUGGCCGACUAUGCGGCGGACCUGACCGGUGCGGCCGCGUCCAAGCACCGCCAGAUGCUGACCCAGGGGCGCGAGCACCCGUACCAGAGGGUGGGCUCACUCUCACAAAUGUAGCGCGCCGGGCGAACGGAGCAGGUCAGUGGGCGCCCGGGCGUCGGGUCACGACCGUUCCCCUUCCGUCUCCUCCUCGUUCCGCGCCGUAUCCUCAGGCGGCCAGGCUGACCUGAGCCGGGUCAGUGUCGCCUCCCCGCCGCGGCACUCACUCGCGGCUGGUGAUCGCAGGCGCGCGCGCCGCCGGCCGGGUGUUGUGUGCAACUCGUGCGCCUGUCUGCAGCGGUUGUAGGCUGAUGGUGCUGCAGUGUUUUGUAUCUGCUUGUGAACGUUGGCAGUACGUGUUGUGGAGAACGCAAUACAUUGUUCCGUUUU